UGUCUGCUCCCUCCUUCAGUUGAAGGUUGUGUGCAAGUUCUCUGGCGAGUAAGGGAUGCAUAAGCUCUAUUCCAACUGUUUAAGAGUCGCGGGGAGUUUGCAAACACUCAACAGGAACAUCUUACAGUUGACUGAGAGUGUGAAAACCCUUAAUCGCUGCCUCAGUAUCAACGAAACGGCCACAGCAUUACGUCCGUUCUAUUUUGUCGUCCAUCCCGACCUGUUUGGCCAGCAUCCGAAGGAACGGAAAGUAAAUGAAGAGUCACUGAAGAGGCUACAUGAGUACCUGACAUCAUUACGGAAGACAGGAACUGCAACGCCCACAGAGCUGGUAUUCUUUGUACGACCACAACAGAAUGAAGAUUUAAGCAGUGUUAAAGUAAAUCUGCAGUCUGAGAGUCUGAGGUCAACAGUUACAUCUGUCCUUUCCUCUGUUCAUCUCCCUCUGGACUUCGUUCAAAAUAUCCCCAAAAAACGUUACAGACGUGUUGACAUUCGUUGGGACCCGACCUACUACCACGUCACAGGACAGAAGAACCCCUACAAGGAAUACUACAAAAGAAAAAAGGAAUGGACAUUACUAGAUUGGUUGCAGAAAAACUCCAACAAAGCUGUUGCUAAGCAACUAUUGUGCCACCAAAUUCAGCAGGAAAUAGCUGCUAUAGAGCGGGAAGUUAUCCCUGGGAUAGGACUGAAGAAGCUCGUCUGGAAAAAUGAUUGGGGCAGUAUCCACUGUCUGGCCUCUCUGAAAUCUUUUCACCGAAUGUUUCAGGAACAUCCAGCCAAAACUCGCCAUGCCCUCAAAGAUAAAACGCUGGUGUUCAGUAAGAAGACCGGGGUCUCUGCACAAGGAGAUGUUAUACUGAGUAUGGAGGCCGUACCCUCAGACUGGCUGAAGAUGCUGUCCCUCGUUGAUGCCUACGAUGGUAUGGUAAACAGGUUACCUUUUAUGGAAAGUAAGUUAUCGGGACUUCUUGCCGACAUCCGUGUCACGUGUCCCGACAGACUUAUCAUGGCUGAGGAGUAUGAACUCCUUCUGAACCAGAUUCUCAAUAUUCUCCGUCAUAGUCAGGCGGAGGUGAAUCAUUAUUUAUGGGAUGGAGAUCUCUCUCAUUUACAGCUGAUAGUGGAGGGAGGUGAGGCCCCCCUGACAUUGUCCAGUAGUGGUCAAUUCAUCGUGCCAGCUACAGUACCGGGCUCCAUGAUUGUGAAGUUUAUAGCUGACAACAAGGAAAUGGCCUUCACCGUUAUCCAAGAUAUGGAAUUGUUGAUGAGAAUGGAGGAUGUAGUGCAAGAACAAUGCAAGGACCGCCUCCAACUGACCUCAAUUAGCCGAGACGAGAGUGUGACCCCAAAACAGAUGAUCUCGUGUUGUGAGAGACUUUUAGAGGACGCAGUGUAUCUGUCGGCACUGUCCGGGGGCAGUGUCCGUGUCUCCAACUAUUAUGCAGUCAUGAAGGAUGGGGGCAUUUCGAUACCCUGGAACUGGAAAAGUGAUAUAUCAUAGCAUUACAUUUAACAAAUAACUUUAUUUAGAUAUUAGGAAAGAUUAUUUGAAUAUUUACAUUCAAUUAAAGUUUGUUUGUUCCCAUUUUUU